ACACACAGAGCAACAAGCUAACAAAAACCUUGUAGCGCCAGUCCAGUCUUGAAACGUUCUUCGAGCUUAGCAAGACGAGCUUACAGUUCCGUUCGAUCCACCGGUCCAGCUUCUAGCUUUUGGCACAGCGAGCUCGCGAUGGCUUCUCGUCAGGAGCAGGCUAGCUACCACGCCGGCGAGACCAAGGCCCGUGCCGAGGAGAAGGCGGGGCAGGUGAUGGGCGCGGCGCAGGAGAAAGGGCGGGAGGCCAAGUCCAUGGCGUCCGGCGCCGCCGACCGCGCCGUGGGCAGGGGCCACGACGCCAGGGAGGCCACCAGGGAGAAGGCGCGCGAGGCCGCGGACCGCACCAUGGGGGUGGGCCGCGACGCCGCGGGGGCGACCAGGGACAAGGCCUACCGGGCCAAGGACGCGGCCUCCGACGCCGCGGGCCGCGCCGCGGAGGCCACCAGGGACACGGCCUGCGAGGCCAAGGACAAAGCGGCCGGCGGCGCGCAGCAGGCCGGGGGAUACGUCGCGCAGACGGCCGAGGCCGCCAAGCAGAAGGCGGCGGGCGCCGCGCAGUACGCCAAGGAGACCGUGGUGGCUGGCAAGGACAAGACCGGUGCCCUCCUGCAGCAGGCAGGGGAGACGGUGAUGAACACGGCGGCGGGGGCCAAGGACAAGGUGGUGAGCACCGCCGUGGGGGCCAAGGACGCCGUGAUGAACUCGCUCGGGAUGGCCGGGGAGAACGACGACGGCACCACCACCAAUCCCGGCAAGGACACCAGUACCUACAAGCCUGGAAGGGACUACUAAUCAAAGGAUGGAUGGAGAUGCUGCUGCUUGCUGCCAAACUGUAUCUUUAGGCUCAAAGUUUCAGUUACGUAUCUUACGUGUGCGUUUCACUUUGCUUUGAUUUCAACCUGUGUUUGCCUCCCUGGUCAUUUGGAGGUUUGUAACUUUUUUUUAAUUAGAACAUAGGUGAUGUAGGGGACAUUGUCUAACCGGACGCCUCUUGUCUUGUGUUUUCGUUUCACGAUCUAAUAAAAAGUUGCAAAGCUGGUGUUUUGUUUC